UUAGGCGCAUUUUUUUGGACUAAGAAAAAACGACGGCCACAAGAAUUCAUUCAUGGAGGAAUCCGCUACCUCAUUAACCGGCGAAUCUGAUAUUCUUGAAUAUCUCGCCGACCGUUACAAGAAAUCCCGCUCACCUCAUCACCGCCAGCUCUACGCAGCUGCUGCCUAUACCCGAUGUAUGAUAAAAUCUAAAUCUCUGCCCGUCACUCCGCUCAAUUACUUCGUUAACAUCAUUGACGCCCUCUAUGAUUCCUCAUGUUCUCAUACCUUCUCUAAUGCAACCUUUAAUGCUGAUGCAAUGUCUGGGAUGUCUUCGUUUUUGGCGUUUGUGUUGACUCUGGUUCCUGAGAAGUCUAUAUCCAUGUCCAAGGCGGCUGAGGCUGUGGAGAUUGUGGUUAAGUGUUUGCAGGUUUCGAUUGUGAGUUUGAGGGUUUUGAGAUUGGUCGAGUGUUUGAGGGUAUUGCUGGAGUUUUGUGAUUUGGGAGAUUGGGAUACUGUUAAAUUAGGUUUCCAGAUACUCAUCAAGUAUUCAAUAGAUAAUAAAGAUCAAAAGGUUACAAAAUGUGCUGAACAUUGUGUUUUGAAGGCUCUUCACAUGUUGGAUCUGUUGAAAAAUUUCAUCCCUUGUUUAACAAAACCCGAAGACAUGCAGGAAGUGAUAUUAGAAUUACAAAAGUGUAUGACUGCCAAGUUCUCAACACUGUAUGUUUUAGAUGUAAUGGAGGAGAUACUUGCAUUCAUUGAAUCUGAAUCCGAACAUACAUUCGUAAAGACCGUGAAGAUAUCAAACAAAUGGAAAAGUGAUUAUUCCUUACUCAUUCAGUCUAUAACAGGUCUUUUGACAUGUGAGGCUACUGCUGCAAGGGCUUCAAAUAUCUUAAAAGAAAUGUUUUCCCGUGUAAUUUUCAGUGAAGUGGAACUUAAUGAUGAAUCUGAGCAAUCAAGUAUAGUGAGAUCCUUAUGUGAUUCACUUUCAGAAGUUGUGAGUACCUAUCCAAAUGAAUAUACUUUGAGUGUCAUCUCUGCUUUAUUUCUCCAUCUUGGGUUAGACUCUUUUAUCUACAUGGACAAGAUUUUUAUGAAGACUGUUGGUUUUAUGUCAGAUGCAUCUACUUGUACUUGUGAUGUAAAACAUUUUGAGCAUUGUAUCGGGUCUGCUGUAAUGGUUAUGGGCCCGGAUGAAAUACACACAUUGUAUCCUCUCUCGUUUGAUGCAAAUGAGCAGACUUGCUCAAAUACUUGGUUGUUACCUAUCUAUAAGGAGUAUGUCAUAUAUUCACAUGUGCGGUUUUUCAUCACAACUAUAGUGCCUCUAUCUGAAUCCUUGAGAAAAGCGUGUAAAAGAGGUAAAAAGAUGGCAGUAAAAAGAAAGCAGAUGCAGUCCCUUUCACGUACUUGUUGGGAAUUACUGCCUUCUUUUUGUCGCUAUCCGCAUGAUUUGGAGGAAAGUUUUGGAUCCUUGGCCGAGAUUUUAAUUCCAAACAUCAAAGAAAAUGCCUCUAUGCUUGAGAGCAUUGCUAUUGCACUGCAGUGUCUUGUGAAGCAAAACAUGAGCUUAAGUUUGAGUUUCCCUGGAAGUUCCGGAGUUAUAGAUAUGGGAAUUGAAAAAGAAAACGCAGAGAGAAACAUCAAGGUUAUGGCAUCAUGUUCAGAGGCAUUAUUGAAGGCUUUUACCAAAGUUUUCUUUCAGGUGUCGCCUGAGAAACGUUCUUUUCUAAAGGAAACAAUUGGAUGCUUAGCAAAUAUCGCUGAAUUCUCAACAUCAAAGGCAAUUUUUAUUUCAUCUCUUGAAAGAGUGAAGCCGGAUCAGAAAAAUGCCAACAUAGGUCUGAUACAUGAACUAGCAUCAGCACUUGUUGCUGAUGUUGGAAUGGAUCCAAUAGAUUUUAUAUACUGCUGUAUAGGGGAUUGUUUGAAGGAAGAUGAUGAGGAAGUGUAUGCCAAUCUUUACAUACUUUUAGAAUGUUUUGAGUUCAUGUCUUCAAGAUUCGAGCAACUUGUGGAUUUGUUACGUGAUUUGAAGUCCCCUGUGGAUAUAGUUUCAUUUAGAUGGCGGUUUGUGUGCUUAAAGACGUUGCUAUUUCACUCAUUUGAGAGAACUUGUGAUGGAGAGAACAAGUAUGGUGUUCGGGUGCUCAAUGAAAUCAUUGUGACACUAAAAGAUGUAAGAUCUACUUUUGAUUUUGAUCUACAGGACAAGGGGGAAAGGAGAAAAGUGGCAUAUGACAUUCUUCUAGAUACAAGUUCCAUGAUGCAAUCCAAACCAGGAACUUAUUAUAAAUUCAUCACCAUGAUGAUGGGGUAUCUCUUUGGGUUUUCUCCUUGCAUUACAAGUGGUGCAAUCCUUGCAUUGUCUAUUAUGUUAUCCAACGACUCAAAAAUCUGCGAAUUGAAGCCCGAUCUUGUGCCAGAAAUCCUUGAGUUGCUGGAUAGGGAAGAAGACAUACAAGUUGCACAAGCUGUUUUAUGGUUUCUAAAGAUGCUGGUUUUGAGCCUUGAAGUGGCACAACUGAAGAUGGUCCUAUGUGAUAUUCUGAAUGGACUUCAAUCUUGGUCAUUUGUUCCGGAGAUUUUGAUGCUGGAAGGUGGUUUUAGGAAUGUGUUUGAGAAUCGUACAACUUCCCUGGUGGAAGAAGGCAAGGAAACAAGCAGAUCACCUCAACAUGAUUUCAAAGCAACUGUGAAUGAAAUUUUGGAAAAUAUUGUGCAAAAAUGUGGUUCUGCAUCAGUUGAAUCUCUUGUACCUAUAGGUUUUAGGAUAUGUUUGGAGAAUCUUCCAAGUUCCCCCGAAGAAGGCAAGGAAUCUCCUAGAAAUCAAGCGAAGAACACAGCAGCUUGAAACAAUUUUCUUAAUCAUAUCCCAAAAGAAAUUACAAUGCAAUGCAUAAAUAGAACUAUCAGCUAGAAAACAUGGAAACAUGACCUAAAAAGAAGAAACGUGACUAUGACCAGUUCCUGUGAAGAACGUGGUCUCCUACAUGAUGCAAACAACAAGAAGUAAUGAAGACUAGGGUUAAUUUCUACUUUAUUCAUGGAAACGAGCUAGAAGUAUUUCAAUUGGGAUUUGUGUUGCAGGUGAAGGUGGGGCUGUUGUAGUUGGGGUCGUAUCAUCAGGUGAGAGUUGUAGAUUUUGCUAAACCUUUGAAAAAGUUAUAGAUCGCAUCUUGUGGUUUAUAAAAUUAUCGGU